AUGACGGAUGGAAGCCCACAAACCUCCCAAACCAUCUCUCCUUCUUCAUCUCCAUCCUCAAACUCGCAGCUCCCCGAUGAAAAACUCACAAUCACCGAACUCGAAAACCCAAGCAACACUCCCUCUCCCCUAGACGAAGAACUCCACAUCUCCACAGAACUCGAUCAACUCAUCACCAAGAAAUUCGAUCGCCACAUCGUUCCCUGGUUGUUCGGCCUAUGGCUCUUGGCUUUCAUCGACCGCUCCAACAUCGGAAAUGCGAAAAUCGAUGGACUCGCUGCCGAUUUGGGCAUCUUAACAGGAACAAAAUUUAAUAUCGCGCUGGCUAUUUUCUACGUUCCGUAUAUAUGUGUUGAUGUCCCCUCAAAUUGGCUCGUCAAGAGGAUAGGAGCAGGCUACUACCUCCCCGCCCUAAUCAUAGGCUGGGGCCUCAUAAGUCUCUGCAUCGGUUUCGUCACCACCUGGAAAUCCCUUCUCAUCGCUCGAUUUUUCCUCGGUCUCAUGGAAGGCGGUUUGCUAGGCGGUAUAAUCAUCUACCUCGCCAUGUUCUACCGUCGUCACCAACUCAUGCGACGCAUUGGCCUUUUCUACUGCGCAGCCCCUCUCUCCGGCGCCUUUGGCGGACUCCUCGCGACGGGCCUCUCUCAAAUAAAAACAAAGCGGUAUAACGGCUGGCCCUUUAUCUUUUUCGUCGAAGGCGCCAUCACGCUUCUCUUUGGCAUUCUGACGAUUUUCUUCCUGCCGCAUACCCCUUCGCAUGCGCAAUUCCUCACAGAAGAACACCGCUCUCUCGCAAUCCAGCGCAUGAAACUCGAUUCUCGCGGUGCGUCCCCCGUGGCUAAUAUCGACAAUGAGAAAUUUGACUGGCAUUGGGUGAAGCUCGCAGUGUGUAACUGGAAUACCUGGUUACUUUCUUUGAAUUUUUUUGCCGUCAUCACGCCUAUUUAUUCGUUUUCGCUCUUUUUACCGACGAUUAUUACGGCGUUGGGGUAUACGAGGGUAAAUGCAAACCUCCUAACCGUCCCCCCAAACAUGACAGCAUUCCUCAGCGUGAUCCUUGUCACCUCCCUCUCAGAUCACUUCAAGCGUCGCGGACUCUUGAUGCUCAUCUGUGCUAGCAUCGCCAUUGUCGGUUAUAUAAUGCUCAUCGCAACCUCGAGACCUCACAUCCAAUAUGGCGGUACGUUUCUUGUUGCCGCGGGAAGUUUUGCGUGUCCGCCUGUUGUUAUGGGCUGGCUAGCAAACAAUACCUCUCCCCACUACGUACGAGCCUCCGCCUCCGGUCUCCAGAUCGGCCUCGCCAACAUCGCCGCCUUCAUCGCAACAUUCACCUACAUAGCCGCUGAUGCCCCGCGCUACAUCACCGGCCACGCCAUCAAUCUCGGGAUGUUGGGUUUGUGCUUGGUGGUGACGAGUAUCACGAUGGGGUAUUGUAAGUGGGAGAAUAGGAAGAGGGAAAGGGGGGAGAGGGAUGGGAGAUUGUUGGAAGGGAAUAUAGAAAUGUUGGGGCAUAGACAUCCGGAAUUUAGGUAUACGGUUUGA